AGGUCAUGUGAGGGAGAUUUUUUGCGGUGUGUCGUAAUUCUUAUUGUGCCCUGGCUGUGUGAAAAAUGACAUCAGCUAUGCAUCUCCAGCAACCAGAUUCAAAUUUGCUCCAGCUACUCUCCUCCCUCAACAAAGUCAAGGGGACCCUAUCAGACUCUGAUGAAGAUUUCGGCUUCCUCAAUUCCUUGCUGCAAUCUCGCGAGCUCCAGGCCCUGAUCCAGGUUCACAAUAGCAUAUCCAAGUCAAUUAAUGGGAAUGAGACAGAUGCUGGGACCCCUGUUUCCUGUCUGAGCAUCACACCAGUCAGCAGUAAUGUUGAGGACCUGGCCUAUGAUGUCCUUGACGUUUUGCACCCCCUGGCUUCCAAGUACAGGGAGGCUCGGGAACUCUACUAUAUCUUGCAGAAACCACAUUUUCAGAGUUUGUUCAGUGCGCAUGACAGCAUCACCCAAAAGGAUUAUUUACCUAGGCUUCCAGACAUUCCCCUAGAAGUGGAUGAGGAUGAAGAGGCAGUGAAGAUAGUGCAGUUGGUGAAGAGCAGUGAGCAACUGCCUGGAAAACUGGCUUUUGAGCCCAUUGUUGGGGCAACAAUCAAAGCUGAUGAGAAGACUGGCCAGAUCCUGAUUGCAAGGGUGAUGCAUGGUGGUGCAGCAGACAGGUCUGGGGUGAUUCAUGUUGGGGAUGAGGUGCAUGAAGUGAAUGGGAUUCCUGUCCACGGGAAAACUCCCAAUGAAGUUCUUAAAAUCCUACAAGAAUCUGAAGGCACAAUAACGUUCAAGCUGAUACCAUCAGAGUCAAAGUUCCAGACUCGGGAAAGCAAAGUACGGGUCAGGGCCUGUUUCGAUUACGAUCCAUCUGAUGAUCAGCACAUACCGUGCAAAGAAGCGGGCUUGCCAUUCAAGAAGCAUGACAUUCUGCACAUAGUCUCACAGGAUGAUGCUUAUUGGUGGCAAUCAAGACAUGAAGGAGACAACAGCAUGAGAUCUGGAAUAAUUCCAAGCAAAGCGUUGCAGGAAAGGCGGAUAUUGUCUGAGAAUGCAAAUGGGCAUGAAGUGAGUGUGGAUGAAGGCUUUCUUGAGGUCCCAACCUACGAGGACGUGGCUCGAUUGUACCCGCAACCCAGGAACCCACGCCCAGUUGUCCUUUUCGGACCCUCUGGCGUGGGUUGCAAUGAGUUGAAGCGCCGUUUGAUAGCAGUGGACCCUGACAAGUAUCGCACUACAGUUCCUUACACUUCCCGUCCUCGGAAACCGCAUGAAGUCGAGGGUCAAGAUUACUUUUUUGUUUCCCGGGAUCAGAUCGAGAGACAGAUUUUGGAAGGGAAAUUUUUGGAAUGCGGGGAAUAUAAUGGGAACAUUUACGGGACUUCAGCAGCGUCUGUGCACGAAAUCAUCAACAGUGGGCACGUGGCUGUCAUUACUCCACACGAUCAACAGGCGAUGAAAAGACUGCGUUCAGCUGAAUUCAAACCCUACAUCAUAUUUAUUAAGCCGCCAUCGCUGCAGGUUCUGCGGGAGACGAGGAAUGCUUCCAGGAUGGAUGAUGGGAUUUCCCCGAUCCGAAAAUUUACGGAGGAAGAUUUCACAACAAUAGUUGAGGAGGGGAAGAGAAUCGAGACUACUUAUAGCCACUGGUUCGACCAAACAAUCGUCAAUGAAGAUCUGGGAGAAGCGGUCAAGGAACUGGUCCAAGCCGUGCACUGUGUGGAAACAGAGCCCCUGUGGGUUCCCUGUUCCUGGGUCCAGUAAUGAACAGAGAGGGAGGACAAGUUUGAAUGAAAAUACCCAAAAUCCAAAGUUUUUAGCUACUUUUUUGUGUUUUUUUUCGCUGAGGGAUACGAAAAAUUUUAGGGAAAAGAAACUAGUCAACACAUUUGAAAAAGAAGCCAAAGGUUUAGGUCAGAUUCGUUUUUUGGCAACUUGCCGUUCGGGUUCUAUCCUAUGAAAGCAUCUCUCAUAGGAUAUCCUCCUCUCUGCAUAAAAUCAAUUUCGAAAAUGGUCCACAGAGACGAAUAUCCUGUUCAAGGCUGCUUCAGGGUGACAUUUUAAAAGAAAAACUCGUUCUGACUCUGGCAAAGCGCAAGGGACUUAAUUCAUCGUUGUUUUUUCGUUGCAUGCUUAAGUUUGAUGUUUACUGCAGCAGGUGUCUUGAGAUCAUGUGAGGGGCAAGUGCCUGUCUGGUUGUUAUAGAUCUGUUGUCAACUGAUGUCGUGACUGACGUGAACAAUUAUUUGACUACUAUCCGGUUUUUUUGUUGCUUUUGAAAUCGAGAAUCGAUCUGAAUGUGAAAUUUGCAUUACGAGUGUCAGGGUUUGAUGAAGGAGUAACCCUGAAACAAGGUAUUUGUUUUUUUUUUCUCUGCGCUCAUGCUCUUCUCUCCUUCUUCCAGGUUAUUGUCUCUAUAGGGCUUGGUAGACUUGCACUUACAGUGUUGUGUUGGUUCCAUGCCUAAAUGCAUCAUGUUAUCCUGUGGAGGACAAAAUAUUGAAUCUCUUCUUGUUCAAUA